AAACAACAAAAUUUUGUUUUAUCUUUUUAUUCUUAACUUUUAAGAUAAUAUGAAGAGGUAUUUAUGUUAUUUGCUGGUAACUCUACUUGUGGCAACUGUUCUCACUCGCUCUGCAAACGCGGAUACUGGGACUUUUUCUUCUUCAUUUUCUUCUGGUAAUGGUGAAGCUUCAGGCUCUUCGGAAGCAACCAGUGGUGCUCAAUCUUCAAGUUCCGACUCUCAAGCAAACUCAAAGGGACUCGGUUCAGCUCUGUCUAUUGACUCCAGUUCUACCUCUUCACAAGGUAGCUCAAGUCUUUCUAUCUCAUCUUCUGAAGGUACUGCUACUGCAAAGGGAAUAACAGCUGGAGCCAAUGAAAAAAGUAGCACAGCAGCAGGUUCGAAAGCAACUUCUACUAAAAAUGGAGCUGCUUUCGGUGCAGCUGGAUCAAAUAGCUUCGAUUCCACAAUAGAUGGUAUCAACUUUCAGGGAUCUCAAUCAACUAGUUCAUCAGCUUCCUUUGGACAUGGAGCAGCUGCUUCUGCAGCUCAAGGUGAAACUCCUAAUACUAGUGCAAAAAGUGCAUCCGCAACAGAAGGAAAUGCAUUAGCACAGGACACUUCCAACAGCAACUCAGGACCAAGUGGAGUAUCAAGUAGCAGCCAAGCCAACACAAUCGCUUUUCCAAAUGGUGAAGCUGCAGCUUCAGGAGAAGCUAAAGCAUCUGAGAACUUGAAUUGCAUGUGGCAGUAUAAGCAACGAUGUCUUCCAUGUGCUUCAGUUGAUAACGGUAUGUGCAAAUGUUACUGGAAAGUUUUCGAUAGUUGUGUCUGUCAAAGCCUCACUUGUGCCAAACCAUUCUUCAAAGCAAGUGUGGAUUCUGAGGUGCUCUCUUUGUCGGCUAAUGGAGGUUUUUCUCAAGCGUCCGCAAAUGCAGCUUCUACUGUUUUAGGAGGAAAAGACAGUGCUUCUGUUCUUGGCUCAACUUUUAGUUCAGGCUCAACUUCUGCCUUCAGUGGCGCAAAAGGCAAACAGAACCAGGCAAAAGGCAGUGCGGAAAGUUUCGGAUCUUCCUCUAGCGGCGGAAAAUUUGGAAGCUACUCUGAAAAUUACUUUCGUUCCGAUAUUCAGGUAUUAGCAGCCUAAACGGCAAGUGUUGAAAUCUUCCAACUUGCUUUGUCACUUCUCACAUAUGACAAUUCUGGGUCAUUCUUGUUGCUGAAAUAUUACAAACAUAUAUUCUGGGUUCUUUGUUGAACUGUUUUUUUUCUCUUUGUAUCACGUUAUAAAAAUUUGUGUGUUUUU